GCCCAGGGUGCCACAAAAGUAUCAUAAGCAGGAAGCUGGUGUAUCAAUGGAGUACAGUGACGUUACUCUUUGAAUUCCCAAUAUUUUCAACUUUCCCUUCGCCGUUGCCGUCGCCAUCGCCAAAAACGGCGAUCGCCGGCUAUCGAAACGGCACCGUAUCGCCUCUAACCACGUGGACCUCUGCGAAAUAUACACAUACGCGAUUUUGUAUCUAUAUACGUCAGUGUUAAUUCCAUGUCGUCUGUAACCAUUAUCACUCUGUUAAUCCAAACGCUGUUUUUAUACACCGGCGCAGCGUCUCCGGCGACGGAUAUUUCGGUUCUGGCGCCGUUUGCAGCUGGAUCUCGUUCCCUGCUGCGAUCUAUCGACGGCGAUCAAUCUGAAAAACCUGAUUACGCGGUGGAAUUGAACGCCACGAACUUCGAUUCCGUGCUCAGUGAAACCCCCGCUACUCAUGCUAUUGUCGAAUUUUUCGCUCACUGGUGCCCAGCUUGCAGAAAUUACAAGCCCCAGUAUGAGAAGGUUGCAAAGAUUUUUAAUGGAGCUGAUGCUGCCCAUCCGGGAAUUAUAUUGAUGACCAGAGUAGACUGUGCCCAAAAGAUAAAUACUAAUCUUUGUGAUAAGUACUCUGUCGGGCACUACCCUACACUUCUGUGGGGACCACCUUCUAAGUUUGUGCACGGAAGUUUUAACCCAAAGCAAGGAAAGGGUGAAAUUCUCUCUAUUGAGGAUGGACGAACAGCCGAGCGCCUGCUAAACUGGAUUAAUCAGCAAUUGAACAGCUCAUAUCUGUUGGAUGACCAGAAAUAUGAGAACGAUCAACUUCAGAAAAAUUCUUCAGAUAUUGGACAGAUUGCGCGUGCUAUUUAUGAUAUCGAGGAGGCAACAUUCACUGCUUUUGACAUCAUUUUAGACCACAAGAUGAUCAAAUCAGAGACUCAACUGUCGCUUGUGAAAUUCUUUCAACUUUUGGUGGUCCAUCACCCUUCUAGAAGAUGCCGGAAGGGAACUGCCGAAAUACUUGUUGAUUUUGAUAAUAUUUCAGUCAACAAGAAGGAAGCUGAAGGUGGCGUCGAGAAGGGAGAACCCAGGCAUUAUGACAUUUGUGGAAAAGAUGUACCUCGUGGAUAUUGGAUGUUUUGUCGGGGAAGCAAGAAUGAGACAAGAGGUUUUAGUUGUGGUUUGUGGGUUUUAUUGCACUCGCUCUCUGUAAGAGUUGAUGAUGGAGAAAGUGAGUUCGCAUUCUCUGCCAUUUGCGAUUUCAUUCAUAAUUUCUUCAUCUGUGAGGAGUGUAGACAACAUUUUUACAGCAUGUGUUCAAGUGUUUCUAGCCCUUUCAAGAAAUCCCGUGAUUUUUCCCUCUGGCUAUGGAGUACGCACAACAAAGUUAACGAGCGACUCAUGAAGGAGGAGGCCUCUCUUGGAACCGGUGAUCCAGAAUUUCCCAAAAUCAUCUGGCCUCCAAGACAGCUCUGCCCUUCUUGCUAUGUGAGUAAGAGUGGGAAAGACAGUAAUAAAAUCGAGUGGGAUCACGAUGAGGUGUACAAGUUUCUGAAGGGCUAUUACGGGAAGGCACUCGUAACAUUAUACAAGGAAAAGGAACCUCUUGUAGAAAAACGAUCAGUUGGGUUGCUAGCUGAGGAUUUGACAGCUUCAACCUCAGUGAACGCCCUCGUUGUUCCACUUGGAGCUGCAUUGGCCAUCGCUGUUGCCAGCUGUGUGUUUGGAGCGCUUGCCUGCUACUGGCGCCAGCAUCAAAAGAGCCGGAAGUAUAAAUACCUACACUCAUUAAAGGAUAUCUGACUGAAUAUGAUAAAUCUGAAGGAAAAGGGUGUUUGUAACACUGGGGAGUUCUUCACGCAAAUGUUUCAGGCCAAAGAGAAGCUUGAAGUUAAAUACCUAACUGAAUCUAUACACUGAUGAGAAAUGGACACUUUUUAUUCAUGGUUUCGGAGGGGUGCGGUCCAGUGGGGUUGGAGGGGAGAGCUUGCCUUUCUUCUCAGGCUGAGUUCCUGAUUGGAGGUACAGAUUUUGUUUGUAUCGAUAUGGAGAGAUUUGUAGGGAAAGAUUACAUAGUGCCAUCAUGUUUAAGUGUUAUUGCAAAGAUUUGUUAGGAGAUAUUUUUGUUAUUGCGCGAUAUUCGUCAACUAAGAGUAUGUUUUUCGACUUGA